AUACUUAUUCCCACUUCACAUCCUUGCUCGAGGCGGAUUAGUGUACUUCACAAGGAAGACGUACAUUCUACCGUCACCAAUAACAGGCAUAUUUUGUUAGACAUUUCAGAGACGGCACUUGAUUGGUCGGCCGUGCUGUAUACUUGGUGCGCGAGCCACAUCUGACUUUGACGGAGUUCGAUCUCAACUUUUUUUUUACACGGGGUCGUUUAAGAAGACGGACUUAGCGAUGUGUCGCAACAUACUACAGCCCGCCAUGGCGCAGUUAGGAGAGCCGAGCGCCGGAGCAGAUACUUCAUUUCCAAAUUACUCCUAUGAUAUGAGCGGCAAUUAUACAGAAGCUGGAAACCUACCCUUUUCCCUGGCGGCUCCGAUUUUCAUGAUAUGCACCGUCAUAGUGGGGACUCUCGGAAACGGAGGAUUAAUUUACAUACUCUUGCGGAACCGCGACAUGAGAAACAUACCUAACCUCCUGAUUUUGAACUUGUCACUUGGAGAUUUCCUCUAUCUAACUUUCAAUGUGCCGUUUUACAUCGCCACUUAUUUGUCCGGUUCUGUCAAAUGGAACCUUGAUCUGUGUCGAUUUGUAAAUGCUGUGCAAUUUAUUUCACAGGGCGUAUCCGUCUUGACUUUGACUGCAUUGAGCACGGACCGGUAUUACGCAAUCGCUCGACCUCUAGAGCAACGACAGAGCAACUCGACUCGGCGAACUCUCGGACUAGCUGCAGGAAUCUGGCUGCUAUCCACCAUAUUCGCCAUACCAUCCAUGGCACUGGCUACCACAGAAACAGGAGGUUGUUCGUUAGCCUACCAAACCCCAGGAACUAAGGGCUACUACGCUUCACUCUUUAUAUUCCUGUACGUCAUCCCACUUGUCCUUAUAUCGGUGUUUUAUUCACUCACGGCAAUCGCUCUUCUGAAAGGAACCUUUAAACUCGAAUCUCGAGUUCGUCAAGGUGGUAACGAGAAGCGUAUUCGAUCACGGACUCGUCUGGCCAUCAUCAUCCUCAUCGCAGCCGUCUGCUUUGCCAUCUGUUGGUUUCCUUUCUACUUGUUCACUCUCUGGUUCGAGUUCGGUUUCGACCCUAAUCUCUUCAUCAAACCCGCCAUGUUUUGUCUAUUUGAUAUGCACUAUCUGCUACCUAUACUGGGAUCAUGCCUCAACCCGAUCAUCCUCUUUGUCAUGAGCUCCAACUAUCGGCGCCACCUGCGUGACAUCUUCAGGUGCAACUCGACAGCGGCAAAGCGCCACUUCUCUUCAGCGAAGUCUUGGACGAUGAUGUCCCUUCGCACCAACUCCUACUCAUUAUCCCCAAGCAGUGUGACUGAAAUGCCGACCCGGUGUUCAACCCACCUUUCAUAGCCACGCCAGAGGACAGUUUACACAGUGAACCACCUGCGAAUCGUGAGGAAUCUAAGAUCAGACCAUUAACAAUGGAAACAUAAAGAGGUAUAACUUUGAAUGAUAAACAAAUUACUGACAUGUUUAUAAAUUGUCCAUUCACAGCACUAUAUAAACACUGAUUUCUACGAAGUUUUUUUUUUCUUGUAGUAACGACUGGUACUAUAUAGGGCAUUAUCUACUUAAAAUUUGUUUGUAUAAAAGAAUAAUGGCUAUAUAUACGGAUAAAACAGAACUUUAAAAACAGAGAAGAAACCGCUGGAUGGUCAUCUAUAUAUUUUUCUAUUUCAUGACUUUUAGAAAGAAAGUCUUUUUGAUAUCAUCCAGCCCAUACGCUUGUAAAUACUGCAUUCCUAAGAGAUCUAAGGAAAAGGAAGUUUUUCUUCCUACUAAUAGCGAAGCCCUGCAACAGAAAGAAAUGCUCUUUUCAUCAUCAAAAUAGCACCAAUCUCUCUGCGAACAUUUCGAACGAAUCCUUUAAAAGAAUAUUCCAUUAGGAAAAUGAAUUGAUUUUCUUAUCCAUCAGUAUUUUUUCAUCAACUCACGUUGUAAAAUAUAUGGUUUGGUCAACAUGAUUAAGAUGUUGACGGAAAAUUCCAGCUGUAUCAGAUUGAGAUUUAAAAUUUUCCAUUCCAUCUUCUUUUAAUCACUGGUAAUAAACUGAUAAUGGUCAUAAUGUGUCCCCAGUUCUCAGUUUCGAGCUUCUAAUAAGCUCCUGAAACGAGCGUCUUUGUCCAUUUUGAAGGAAUUGUUCGAUUACUUUGACAUAAUUGUAUUAACUCAAGAUGAAUUUCUCUACAGAUUAUAUGCGUGAACCAUACACAGUCAGACAAAACAAAAUCAUUUAUUAUUUAACAUUAAAACCUUUCGAAUUGUUUUGAAAUAAUCUUAUAAUGUUAAUCUUAUAAUUUUAGAGUAAAACUAUGCAGUGUUUGAAAUUUGCCUUUUGUUGACAGAUAACAUUAAGGCUUCAAGUUCUCAAAUGACGUGUAUGAUACAAAAUAUUCUCGUCCAGACCUUGGUAUAAGUACAAGGUUGAUAGUAAUUUGAUACACAAUCUUUUCACUACUUAAAUGUCACAAAGUAGAAUUGCUGGUACUCUCAUGGACCUAUUCUAAGUCCAUGGUAUAGCUUAAAUAGAUACAUCACAUUGACCACAAUACCCGAGUAAUUAUAAUCCUCAACAUACAUCCAGUUUUGGAGUUUCUUUAUAUAGAGUUAAGUAAAUAUGUAAUCAUUCAUAAUGUAAUAACUACUACACUCGAUUAUAUGAAUACAUCAUCUGCAGUUUCUUCAUCUUCAUUAUCAUCAUAAUCGUCGUCAACGUUGUUUUCAACAUCAUCUCAUCACUGUGAACAUGAUGAACGUCAUCUUAAAAUGUAGUUUUGAAAACAAAAGUACAUUCAACCCUGUUUCUCUUUCGAGUUUGCGUUUUAUAGGUUACCAUACGGCCCUACUUCAAUCCUUUUAAAAAAAGGGUGACAAAUUAUAUUCCUUUGCAGGGCCAAUGCAAGAGCAACGGUGUCUAUAUAGCGCAAUGAUUUAAGUUAUUAAGCAAUUUGUGAUUUGAUGGAUGAUUUAGUUAUUAUUUAUUAUGUCAAUGACCCUUUAUAAUCUUGUUCAUACCUAUAUGCGCUUAUGUAAAAAUGAAUUCUCAUUAUGCUAUGUUUGAAUGUCUGAUUGUCAGAGUUCGUUUGCAUGCACUGAUGAGAGAAUUAAUAUCAUGAUUGUCCAAAUUUCUUUCACAAAUCCAAUGUAAAUUUUAAGGUGUACAUGUAUAUAUACUUGAAAAGUCUUCAUCAAUCUGCAUUGUUUUUAAGAUGUAGUAACCCCUUUUGAAAUAGAUUGUAAGUUAAUGCUAUAUUUCCGGGUUAUUACUCAGCUAAAAAAGGAGCGAGCCGGUAAUUGUUCUUGACUAUACAUAUACAAUGUCAUCACUUCGAAUUCAUAAAGUGUGAUGCAAACCCACAAAAAUAAUGUGUAAAAUUACACUUUACAUUUUAAAGAAGAGUUAAAGCAAAAAGUAUUUGAUAAGACUAGACGGAUCAAUUCCUUUUCUUACCAAGAAGGUACACAAGGAACAUUCCUACCAAGUAAUUUGUUUAAGCUGUUUCGCUAAAUAUAUUGUCUGCAAAUCAAUUAUUUCAUGAAUAAACGAUAUGAUUGAAAAGUCGAAAACAUUCGUUAAAUAUGCAAGUUUUUUGGACUGAUACAGUCAUGCAAAAAUGAAGCACUUCAUGCUGAACAAAGGAUCAAGUACAAGCGAUGCUCAGCUGUAAAAGAAAAUAUAUAUAAAGGCAAUAUAAUUUUCCCAGUGAGAGUCUUUUCCGCAAUCGGAUAAUUACUGUGACCUCAGGAGGUGAAGAUUAAUUUCAAGAAUGGUUCGUGGAUCCAUAAAUGGAUUCAUCUUCAAUUAGAAAUGCUUAUUGCCUUCUAGCAAACAAUCACACUACUGCAAUUAUUGUAACACCGCCAAAAAACGAGAGGUUAGCGAAUCGUAAGAGUUAUGAUAUCUAUUGUAUUAUCCAUGUUCCCCGAGGGAAUUAAAUAGAAUAGUAUUUCCGUUUGUCCAAUCUGUCUUUUUAAACUGUUUGCCCGGCUUCACUUAUAUGAGUGUUUAAACUAAAAUUACAUUUUAUAUGAUUACCCAAACUCUAUGCUAAUAUUUGUCCGUUUUUUAAUGCAUGUGAUUGUACCAAUGCUAAAAAUUGAUUUAAAAGAUUUUAUGUUAAUGUCCGUUGAAAAUCAUGAAUUGAGAAAGAUUUUAGUGAAGGGACAAUUGCCGAAGUGUUUUAUAAUGGACACAAACUGAGUGAUAUGUUUUCCAAUGCAUUUUAUUAAAUCAAAAAUGCAAACUUACAAAUGCGAAAAGAGAAUCUUGUAUCAAAAUAUUUAUCAAUGGCAAAAUUUCAGUUAGGAAAAUACCAAUUAGACAUUUGUGUUUUUUGGGGGGAUAAUUCUUCCCUUUUAUUCCAGACAAUUAAGAAGAUCAUUAUGUCGUGACAAAUUAAAAAAUUUAUGACAAAUUCAGCUUUUUAACAUUAAAAUUAUUUGUGCAUACAGAAUGUAUCUUUAAAUCAUAUAAUUUGAAAUAUUUUACUUUAUUUCAUGAUUAUGAUUGUGAUCGCGAUGAAUUUUUUCUUUCGACACUCUUAUGCAAUGCACAAUAGGAGAUGCGAUUGAUCGUUAACGAAAUGACGUCAACUAGACAACGUGCAUUAAAAUUAAUACUGAUCCUUUUUAUCAUUCUCCUUCCUUGAGUAAUGUAUGCAUAAUUUAUCCAAUUUAAGAAGGUGUAAAAUUGGUAUCUACAGGCAUUCGUUUUACGAAAGUAGUAAUUUAUUGAAAAAAUAAAUUGAUGUUACAUAAGCAUUCCACUAUUCACCUGCAAUUAGAGUUGUUGUUUAAAGUUUGAAAACAAUUGUACAUAUUUAAGUUAUAGGCACUGAAUGCACGGUUUGUAAUUGAUAAUUUUUAGUUGACAUUAAUAUCAACAGACAAUAUGUUCCCAGUUUACGAGGUCAUCGAAGAUAUCAGCUACUUGUUUAAUAUGUAUUUUCUAAAUGAAUAUGUUACAAGGCAUAGUAUGUGAUUGUGAUGACGUAAACAAAAAUAAGGGGGAGGGAGGUUGAUGUUCGGACACAGAGCUCUGUGUUUUAGGUAGCAAAUAGAGCGAACAUAAGACAUUGAAUUCAUAUUUUUCAUAGAUUGAAUCAAUUACGAAACGUGGAGACAUAAUUUUCACAUUAAUUUUGGGUGAUGGAUCAAAAAAUUGUCAUCACUUCAAUUUAGAUCGAAUGAAAAAAACUUCCAUGACUUAAUAUAGCUUUUACUUUACAUUCCAACGCAAAACAUUAGUUUUUCAAUAAAUUACUGUGUUUUGUACUUAUUUAUUCAUUCUUUUUUUUUUGGGGGGGAGAAGUGUUUCCUUUUCUCAUAACGUUAGCAAAAAUCAUAUUUAGGCCACUGUGGAAAAGAAAGAUCGGAAAUUUUAUCUCCAAGUCCGGGGAUAUACUGGUAAACACUGACAGAACUGUAUUUAGCAUUAACUUUUAUUUUAGGGGGAAGGAGCAAUUUGCAUAAUGUAAUUUUUUUCUCUCUCUCUUUUAUGAAAUAAUCUUUAUAUAAUAUUUUUUUAUCAUCAACUUUUUUUCCUGGGGUGUGGUGAUUUUUUUUCAUCUAAAGAGUAGACUUAAUAACUAAUAACUCUGUUUUUUUUUUCAUUCAGAAUGGUCAAUUGAGUUUCGCUUUUUCUCACACGCCUCUGUAGUUGAUAUCAUUUUAGUCCGAAUAAUUAAAAAUCCAAGUGAAAUCUCAUGAAAAGAAUAAAGAUUUUUUCAAGGGAGACGCCUUUUUCAAGUGUAGGCGUGGGUGCAAUAGAAAACUUUUAAAGAAGUUUGAAGCAUACUUGGACGAUGAUUAAAAAAAUGUGUGCUUUUAUCUUCGGCUCGCAAAGUGGCAAAGACAAUCAAUUUAUCGUUUCGCUACUAAGUGAUAAUUACAUUUUGAGGGUUUUUAAAUCAACUACAAGAAGUGUUUGAGAGAAUCCCCGCUGACGUCUUUCCUCUCGAAAGAUGUUACCAUAUAUAUUUAUAGAAUCUUAUGACACGAUUUCAAUCAUGAUACGUUCUUGUGCUUUAAAACAAAUGUUCUUUUCGAUGACAAAGUACUUGAUGUGUAGGCAUAAAAGGAAUGUAACUGGGUUACUUACGCAGAACUGACUUGGACUGCCUAACCAAUUGACAUUGCACUGUAACAAAAAGCAGUGUUAAGAACUAGUCUUCUUUCUUUACUUAGCACACCACACGUUCAGUGUUAAAGUGCACCAACGAGUUGCUAGUGUUAACAUAACAAUCCAAAUAUAUUACAAUCACUAACACCAAUGCAUGGGUGUUAAAAGCAUCACGAAUUUAAUAUUUGGUGUAGAAUGCAUCUCGGUAAAGACCGACUGGUUCAGUUUUAACACCACUACUUUUUGUAGUGCAGGGAGCUUACAAAACAAGGCAAGAGACAAAUGGGACAAUAAAUUCAGAUAAAAAUCGAUUAAGGCAUGUGCCCUGUCCUUAUUUUAUAAUAACUGAGUUUGCGCAAAUACAUUUUGAUUUGAAUCACCCCUAUUUCCUUCUGCUGGAUAAGCUACUUAUACCUGACAGAUAACUGCAUAAUUAUGAUUAAAUUAACCUAUUCAUAACGGACUCAAGUAGAUUAAUCACGACAGAGAAUAAAUAGAAGAAACCGCGGAAAAUGAGGAUUAGAUCUGUUAAAUAUAACUCUCCAGACUAUACAAUAGACCAUAAGUCCACCAAAUGUUUGAAAGUCAUACACCAUCGCAGUGCGUUCGAUACUGAUCUAAUCGCAUCCGUCAUGGAAAAUUAUUAAUUAAGUUAACUCUUAUUUCAUCUUUUUAAGAAAUCGAAAUUCUAAGGGUAAUACACAAUUGUAUUCAAAUAAUUUAUGUAGGUCUAAAGUAUAAACACAAGCUAUGAGGUAAAUUUGAUUUCUUUAUUUUCUUCAAAGUAUUCAUUUCAAAUGCAAUUUAAAUAUUUUUUUAAUCAUUUAAAAGCCCAAGGGGAUGGCGUAUUUAAGCCUCUUAUAAUGUAAUAUUGCAUUGAAAAAUGUAAUUAACAAGAAGAGGACAAAUUUUACUACACCAAGACAGACAGAGCCACAGAGCACAGAGAUAUCGUUUAGCAACUCCUCUUGGCAAACCUUUAACCUGCUUGUUCAUAUGCAUGUCCUGAGCAUGCUGAUUGUAAAGCCCGCCCUCAUUACAUGAUCCGACUUCGAUGCGAUUUUUUCACGAAUCGCAUUUUGCAUUAAAUAAAAAGGUUCCACGAAAUAACAUUAUUUGAUUUAAAGUUCGGAAUAAUCCUAUAGGAAUGCGAAAAUCAGAAUUCUGCUUUGCUGCAAGCCUUUAAUUAUUGGUCGGGUAAGUAUCACAUCGGCAUUACGCCGAUGAUGAGUUCAUAACGAUUUUCAAUACAGAUUUCCUUUAUACUCCUACGGGAAAGCUUGGAAUAGACUAAAAUUUCGAUUUUAGUAUUCAGACCAUUCAGUAUUUAGACCACUAUUCGGAGCUUUAAUUGCUAAGAUUUUAUAGGUUAGACAGUUUAAAUCAAAUCCUAUUACAAUACCUUUGACAAUAGGAUCGCAGCAGCGGACCUAUGGUUUUGUGCGCGGGGUUAAGACCUAUCAAAAACAUGGUAUGCUGCUAGGCGCCCUGGAUCAUGGCGCCCCCCCCCCCCUCCAAAAAAAAAAAAACUACAAAAAAAAACCGCAAUAAUAAAUGUCUUUUCCACUUUCUCCUUCACUUAUUCUCGUAAACUGUACAUAUUAUUUUGCAAACAUUCUUGGCACAAUUGCGUAUCCCCAGAGUAAAAUGAUAGACAACUUUCGAUGAUUGGCGUCCCAUAACGGCUUCUUAAUUCUUUCUUGCAUGCUAAUAGGUCACGGAUGCAUUUUGAUGAAGCAACCACUUUUAACGUUUCCUUCAGAGUCUUCUUAUAUUUCCAAGUCAACCCCAUGAAACUCUUUCCAAAUUUUAAUAUUCAGCGUCAGAACUAGUAUGGAUUUAGGGCUCCUCCCUUGAGAACCAAUAUUGGGUCAAUUGUUCUUAUACAUCCCUCGUAGAUCGAUGAGUUUGGGAUGGAUGUACAUUCUCUGACCAUUCGGUAUGGGUCAGUAGGGUAUUUGACAUAAACUGACCGGACUGAAAAAUACGACCUUAGGAUCUGUAAGUGGGCUAAUCUGUCUGCCAUGUUAAAGGACAAGUCCACCCCAACAAAAAGUUGAUUUGAAUAAAAAGAGAAAAAUCCAACGAGCAUAACACUGACAAUUUCAUCAAAAUUGGAUGUAAAAUAAGAAAGCUAUGACAUUUUAAAGUUAUGCACAUCCUGGUCGGUACGCGAAUGAGGGAACUGAUGACAUCACUCACUCACUUUUUCUUUUGCAUUUUAUUAUUUGAAAUAUGAAAUGUUCUAAUUUUCUCCUCAUUAUCAUGUGAAACAAAGUUUUAUUUCUCACUGAACAUGUGGAGUUACCAUUGCUAAACAUUAUAUGGUUCAGUCAAGUUGGUCCUUAUAUAUUCAAAUCUGUAAAAAUUGAAAUAUUGUAUAAUUCAAACAAUAAAAAACAAAAGAAAUAGUGAGUGAGGGACAUCAUCGAUUCUCUCAUAUGCAUGUGACUAAAUUGUGCAUAUAACUAUUUUGUGAAAAAUUUCAAAAUGUCAUAGCUUUCUUAUUUUACAUCCGAUUUUGAUGAAAUUUUCAGCAUUAUGCUUGUCUGAUAUUUUUCUGUUGAUUCAAAAAAACUUUCUUCUGAGGUGGACUUGACCUUUAAUGUUAUUUUCAAUGUCUGUCAUGAAAGCAUAUUAUGGACAUCCACAAAAUAUUCACAUGACUGAAACCACUGCAGACCGAUCAAGCUAUCACGUUAUUUUAAAUGGCAUAUCACUGGUCGGUUUGGAGUCGGUUUCGUUGGUGUGACUGUUGAGUGGCGGAUGAUGCAAGGAUGUAUAUUUACUCAUUUCAUUACACAUACAGUUUCUAAGCAGAAUAUAUACUUAGCUCUAGAAAUACGGGAAGACUUGGACUUUAAGAAGCAUCGACUAUUUAUUUAAUUUCAUGGGGGUCCGAGAAACUAUCAAAAGCGACAAGAGCGACCCGAUAGGCAUGAUAGUCGAGGAUUGUGUUACACUCUUUAAAAGGUUAGGCAAAAAAAGGCCCAAUUUUUUUUCACCAUCACUGGGCAACAUACUGUCCACACAACUAUUGGAUAAAAUAUGUCCAAAUUGGGUAAUGAAAACUAAUAAUUGGGUAAUAGAUUUGCUCAAUUGGAUAAUAAUUGCCCAUUACAUGUUUUUUACCAACAUCCAUUACCCAACACAGUGGACAGUAUGUUGCCCAACAUUUUAAGUUUGUAAAAGACACUGACAACCGCUUUGAAAAACUACCGAUAGAAGACUCUUUGACCGACUUAAUCUAAGACAGUCUGCAGGUCUUUCUAUUCAUUCCCUGUAUUAUGAUAUUGUAGAAAGACUACAAUGAUACUGAGAAACGGAAUCCAUUCAUAUUAAACAACUUACUGUAUCAUAUUCGUCGCUGUUCCAGCAUCCGUGAUAAAUUGUUCAGAUAUUUGACUAAACGUAAAAAUAUGAUUAAAUAUUUAACUUAUUUGAUGUUGAGUAAAACCCUUUUCUCCUGAAACUAAUUAAAAUAAUGAUCGUCCCAUAUGCUUCAUGUGCAUAUGGAACGAAAAAAAAAUGAAUCAAUUUUUUUAUGGAAGGUGGAUGCUGCUAAAACACAGUUCAGUACCCAGAAAAACCUUGUAAGUGAUAAAACAAAAUAAUCUUAUCAAUGUUCUGUACAUACACUUACCCUAGUGCAAUGAUGACAUAUAAUGUAUAAGACACAUGUAAAUAUUGCAAAGAAACUGUGUUGUGUGCACGUAGCCUACUUGUCGUCGACACACGUUAACUCGAUAUGCUUGCGUAAAACAAAAUCUUAAUAUCAUUCUGUAAUUAUAUAGUACGUUAUUUAUGCACUUUUGCCAAUAUAUGUGUACAGUGUAUAUAUAAUUAUUAUCAAAUAUAUUAUACAUAUAUGAACAAAUACAUAUUAUAUAUAUUGAAAGUGCAAUUUGAUGAAUAUUUGGCAAGUAAGUUUAUUUAAAAUAAUGCUGGGCAUAUUUCACUCGUUAGAGUUCGCAGAUUUGUAUGCUUUACUGUAAAUAUUAUAUGGAAUACUAUUGUAUUUUUAGUCUUGUAUUGUACAUGUUGAAUAAACCAGUGCCUAGUUAAGA